GCGCGCCGCCGCUCUUCCAUUCAGCUUUUGCUGUGUAAUAUCUGACAGAGCUGCAGCGCUAGUCCACUAAGUGAAUAGAGUUUGUUAAAUCAACCUUAAACUCAUUCCACAGUAUGGAGUAUUUGAUCGGGAUUCAGGGGCCAGACUUUGUUUUGGUGGCGGCUGAUAACGUCGCGGCGAGCAGUAUAAUCCAGAUGAAGCACGAUUAUGACAAGAUGUUCAAGCUGAGUGAGAAGAUCCUGCUGCUGUGUGUGGGUGAAGCCGGAGACACCGUACAGUUUGCAGAGUACAUCCAGAAGAACGUCCAGCUUUACAAAAUGAGGAACGGUAAGCAGUAAUCACACCAGAAGCCU